AUGGAUGAUGAUGAGAAGAAAUCUGGAACAAGGGUCUUCAAGAAAACCUCUCCAAAUGGAAAAAUAACUACAUACCUUGGGAAACGCGAUUUUUUGGAUAGAGGAGAUAGCGUUGAUUUGAUUGACGGAAUGGUCCUAAUCGAUGACGAAUACAUCAAAGCAUCAAAAAAAGUUUCAGUUCAAUUAUUAGCAGCUUUUCGUUAUGGCCGUGAAGAUUUGGAUGUUUUAGGCCUUACAUUUCGCAAAGAUUUGAUCUCACAAAAUUUCCAAAUUUUUCCACCAAAUCCGCUUCCAAAUAAUCGCCCUAUGACAAGGCUGCAGGAACGCUUAAAGAAAAAAUUGGGAAACAACGCUUUCCCCUUUUGGUUUGAAAUUCCGCCAAAUUCUGCUUCUUCUGUUACUUUACAGCCAGCUCAAGGCGACACGGGUAAACCUUGUGGAGUUGAUUAUGAAGUCAAAACAAUUGUUGGUGGUGGCGAUUCUCAAGAGAAACCGAAAAAACAUAAUUCUGUUCGUCUUGCCAUUCGAAAGCUCACUUAUUCUCCACAAAUUGAAAGGCCUCAACCAAUGAUUGAUGUGACUAAGGAAUUUAUUAUAAGUCCUGGGGGACUUCAUUUGGAAGCUUCUCUGGAUAAGGAGAUGUAUUAUCACGGAGAAUCAAUCAACGUAAACGUCCACGUUCAAAACAAUAGCAACAAAACAGUUAAGAAAAUAAAAGUUUCAGUCAAUCAAAUUGCCGAUAUUUGUAUAUUUACUACUGCUCAAUAUACUUGUGAUGUUGACAAAAUUGAAUCUUGUGAAGGAUUUCCUGUCGGCCCGGGAUCAACACUUUCCAAAAUUUACACACUUUGUCCUUUAUUAGCCAAAAAUAAAGAUAAAAGAGGACUUGCUUUAGAUGGACAAUUGAAACACGAAGAUACAAAUCUUGCCUCUUCUACUACCUUUGCAACUCUUUCACAUUCAGUUCGAGAAAAUCUUGGAAUAAUAGUUCAAUAUAAAGUAAAAAUCCGUUUAUUAAUUGCUGGAGCAUUAGGAGGAGAAUUGGCUGCAGAAUUACCUUUUACCUUAACACAUCCAAAACCUUCAAUUGAAAAUGAAAAUAAUUUAUUGAGAACAAUAACAAGUCCAAGACAAUUAAAUGACAAUAAUGGAAGUAGUGGGGGAGGAGAACAGUUAAAAGGUGGAGAAGGACAGAAUAUUAUUGAUAAUACCGACCAAACAACAACGGCUGAUGUUGAUCUCAUUCAGUUUGACAGUUUUGAUGAUGACGAUGAUUUGGUUUUUGAGGAUUUUGCUCGUAAUAGAGCUCGUGGGACAGAAUUGUUGGCUCAAAAUGAAAAUGAUUGAUUUUUGAAAGGCUUUUAUUUUUUUUCUGAUAAAAAAUACAUGGAAAAAAUUGCAGCAACUACAACAACAACAGGAAAACACGCAAGCUAAAAAUAUUUUUGUAUUAAAAAUAAUUUUUUUUUGAAUUUUUUUGAAUUUAAAAGGGGAAGAAGUGUGUGAUUAAAAUUUAUGGUUGCCGUUUUCGGUUCGAGCCGACAUUCGGUGUAUUUUUUUCGAGCUUGGUUUUUUCGAUUCGGUUCGUUUUCGAACUGAAAAGCCUAGACUCGCUCGAUCUUUCAAGUUUCGGUUCAAGCGAGCUGGCACCCUAAUUAAAAUCCUAUUUUUUGCUGUUUUGAGUUACCCAAAAAUUUUUCAUUUUUUUCGAUUAAUAGAAUAACUUGACUUUAAAUAAGCAUUUGCUUAACCUCCCUCCAUCUUUUUGAAUUUUUAUUUAGAAAAAAUUUUUUUCUCUAUGGAAAUUUUAAUUUUCCUGUGACAGCCUUGGUUAAAGUUUAUAUUUAAUAAAUCACACACCUCUUCCCUUUAAUAUAUAAAAAUAAAUCAUUUAUUUUCUUCAAUUUGUCUUUUUUUCUUCUUCAAUUUUAUUUUUCUUCCUUUUUGCCUAUCUUUUAUUUUAUUUAACACACACAAAAAUUUUUCUUUUUUUUUUCUGUGUCUCCCCAUAUCUCUUUUUUUUAAAAAAAACAAGUUUUUUUUUAAAUCUAUCACCAAUAUUUUUUUAA